GCCGCCAUUUUGAGCGGCUCCGCGGGCGGCGGCGGCCGCGGUCGGGGGAGGAGCGCGGCCCCCAUGGCCGGGCAGUUCGACUCCGAGGACCGGGCGAGCUGGUACUGGGGCCGGCUGAGCCGCGGCGAGGCCGUAUCGCUGCUGCAGGGCCAGCGCCACGGCACCUUCCUGGUGCGCGACUCCAGCACCAUCCCUGGCGACUUCGUGCUGUCGGUGUCCGAGAGCUCCCGCGUCUCGCACUACAUCGUCAACAGCCUGGGGCCGGCGGGAGCCCGGCGGUCCGGCGGCGAGGGCCCCGGGGCCCCGGGGUCGAAUCCCACCAGAUUUCGAAUAGGUGACCAAGAGUUUGAUUCUUUGCCAUCUUUACUGGAAUUCUACAAAAUUCACUAUUUGGACACUACAACCUUGAUAGAACCGGUUUCGCGCUUGAGGCAGAAUAGCGGGGUCAUCCUCAGGCAGGAGGAGGCCGAGUAUGUGCGAGCCCUCUUUGACUUUAAUGGCAAUGAUGAGGAAGAUCUCCCCUUUAAGAAAGGAGACAUCCUGAGAAUCCGGGAUAAGCCUGAAGAGCAGUGGUGGAACGCAGAAGACAGCGAAGGGAAGAGGGGAAUGAUUCCCGUUCCUUACGUCGAGAAGUAUAGACCUUCCUCUGCUUCAGUCCCCACUCUGAUUGGAGGUAACCAGGAUAGUUCCCACCCACAACCACUGGGUGGGCCGGAGCCAGGGCCCUAUGCCCAGCCCAGCAUCAACACUCCGCUCCCUAACCUCCAGAAUGGCCCCAUUUAUGCCCGGGUUAUCCAGAAGCGAGUCCCUAAUGCCUACGACAAGACAGCCUUGGCUUUGGAGGUCGGUGAGCUGGUAAAGGUCACAAAGAUUAACAUGAGUGGUCAGUGGGAAGGAGAAUGUAAUGGCAGACGUGGUCACUUUCCAUUCACACACGUUCGUCUGCUGGAUCAACAGAAUCCUGACGAGGACUUCAGCUGAGUGUGGCUCAACAGUUGCUCUUACAGAUGGGAACAAUCUCAACCUGUUUUUAUUGCAGAUGCCAUCAAGACUAAGCUCGGACCGACGCUGCAAGUGGUAUUGCUUGGAUAAGCAUUCUGAUAACCUGCAAACCCCUGGGACUCAACACCACCAUUCCUUAAGCAAGGGUCAUGUAAUUCAGGGUACGACAGUAGAUAACUCUGUGUCCAGUGGCAGAACUAGCCAUGAUUCUAGGUUGUAAUGCCUGCUUAUGUCCACAUGCACAGCAGCCUGGACCUUCCAGCAGCAGCAGCUGGAGACAGCAGUGCUGUAGAUGUUCAAAGAACAUUUAUAGCUCUCUCCGGGCCCAUUGCUUAUGUUGCUUCUUCCUCAGGCAAUGAAGAUCAACCGUAGACAAUUCAAUACCUUGAUAGAAAUUUCACAAAUUUAUCCUGGAGCUCUCUCUGUGUUUUUUCCAUCCUGGGUUCUCUGCAGUGCUCUGCAUGGUCAGUUAGCUGUGCACAGCACAGACUGAGGCAAGGGCCCGUUGGGCACAGCCUUGUGAUUUACAGAUCCUUACCAUUUUCAUGGUAAAUGACAGAUCCAAUCAACCUCAGAAUUCUAGAACCUUGUGGACACUAGAUUGAUUUCUUCAGUACUGUUGAUGCUUCAAACAUAGCAGCUGAUUUUAAUUUAAGAUUUUUAUUAACACACAGUAUCUCCUUUUAUCCACAAAUACAAGGCUUAUGGAAGUGUAAACCUCCAUAUCAGUGCUGAAAAAUACGUGCAUAGCACUUUAAUACGUAGCUUUAAAGCAGUGUUUGAUUCACUAAAUAUACUAAAAUAUUGACACUGCUUUCCAAUAAAAUUAAAUUGUGUAGGGUUAGUUUAAUUUUUCUAGAAUUCUUCAAUAUUGUACAAUACUGUUACAGUACAAAUCAGUGUCAAGUACGGUGAACUGACAAACCAAAUAUUAGUUUUAUUUUAAAGAGUCUGGGGACUCUUCUGGUUUAAGUCCCAUCUGUAAAAUAUUUGAUAGUGAACUCAUGAGGAUUUUAUUUUUAAUAAACUAAUGGAAAAUAAUUGUGUGCUUCUGGAUUGAUUCUCAAAAGGCAUAAUAGAGUAAAUAUGGCUUCCUAGCUCAUGAUGAAAAUCAGUGCAUUGAGUAGGCAGGUUAUGCACUGCUUAAUGGUUGUUUUUUAGUCUGUUCUUCUAAUUAUCUGGUUUUCUCUAAUAUAAAUCAGAAUGGAUUUAGUAAGUUUUGUAAACUGAAAUUAAACACUGAAAUAACUCUCCCUUGCCUGUACCCUGGGUUGUUUUCCAAGCUCAGCACUCUGGUGACCAAACUAAAUUUUGUAACUUUGACUACAGUAUAAUCCAUGCAGAAGGGUUUUUCUAAAUAGCAUCAAACUGAAACUGUUGGGUUUGGUUGCUUCACACCAUGUGACCCCAAGGCUCAUGGGUUGCAAAGGCCUUUGCUGCAAGGCACCAACCCUACAACCAUACUGGUAACACUUUACCUCAGAACUCUGUAACAUGCUGGAAAUUAUAAUAUUUCUGUUCUAUUUAAGUACUAGUUGUUUUACUUCAAAAUUAAUCCAUCAGCAAGUCUGAGUAAUGUUCAGGUUAUGGGCACUCGUUAAUUCUGUGGACUAAUGUUGAUCACACUUGUCCAUCACCAGUCUCAUGAACACUACUGAGGAUUAAUGUCAAAAACUGACAGCAGGGACAGUGGGGUAAGAAUGGAAAUGAGGAAUUGCAGCUCUGUUCUACCUUGGUUUGUUAUUCUGGUUAAGGUGACGUGCCAGUGAUUGUGAGAGCUCUUCUAGCUUAGUACAAAAUUUACUUUGAGGGCAAAAAAAUUGUGAAACUAACUCUAACUCAUCAAGUUCUUUAAGGCUGAUUUGUUUUCCUCUGAUCCUGAUAUUCACUAUAACUGUUCAGCUGCACUAUAAAUAACAGACUUAAUACUGAGUUUUUCAGUAGCCCAUAUAUGCUUAUGUUUUUCUUCGGGUAUUGCAAAAGGAACACAAUAAACAGUGUGCCAUUAGAGUGACACUGUUCUGAAGGAUUUUUGCCAACUGCACUUAAUGAAAGCCCAUAUAUUUCUACCUUUCCAAUCAGGAAUUCAGAUACCAAAAGAUCAUUUUUCUGGAAGUUUUAUUAUGCAAACCUUGCCUUUUUAAUACAAAAGACAUUAAUUGAAUUAACUAGCAAGUUCCCUGCAAACUUUGUAGAUGUGGUUUUGUUAAGACUGUAUAAAUUGUGAAUAUUUGUACACUUUGAAAGAGCAAAAUAAGGAAACUAGAGGAGUCUUAAUAGCUGCUGUUACACUAGAAUCCCAAGUUCUUGUCAAGCAGUUUUUUUAGCUGAUUGACACAUUAAUGCAACUGUUUUCCACUCUUCAGUUCUAAGCUGAAAUGUGAUUUUGUUUCAUAGGUGAUAGAAAGGAGUAUGAAUUUGGACAAAAUAGACAUUUCAACUUGUCAGGCUCUUCAAGGCAAAUAGGUAGAACCCAUGUCCAUGAACAUGUAGAGGAAAUCCUUUUGUGGCCUUUGUUUAUCCUCUGCUGUUUGUUCCCUCCCUUCUCCCAAUGCGUGCAGAAAAAUCAUUGCUCAGAAUGUUGGUCACAAUCUUUUGUCUCUUCCUUGGCUGUGGUUUUGGUCUCUUGUGCAUAGGCAGGUGUUAGAACUAGAAUAAUCAUUUCUAGAAAUACACCAUGAAAGCAGAAUGCUCAAUUACACUGUGUUCUUCUGGUGCAUUUACACGUUAUAUCACACUAAAAAGUACAACUGGCUGCUAUGGUUUUUUAAUAUAUAUUUCAUUUUGGUAAGCCCCUGCCUUUUUACUAAUAUAUGACCUGGUUAAAUCUUGUUAAUCUGUUUGAAUUGUAUUUGUUAAUAAUGCAAAGAUUUCUAAUCAUCUUUAAGAGCAGAACACUUCCUUUUUGUUAAUGGUUUUGGGGAAGGAUUCUAACCAAACCUGUUUGAAGAAAAAUAUGAACAUGUGCCAUUGUAUUAUAACACUAUCCACUUUCUUGACAGUUAAAGUCCUUUUUUAUUUUUUUGUAGCAUGUAAUGUAUAUGUUCAUAGUACGUGAAGUAAAUAAAAGUAUAGCCAAAACUUUGACUCAGUCAUUCUCAAUCAGUUCUUGGAGUACUUGCAUGUAAUAAUUAAAAAUAGAGGGGGUAUGGCCAUUUUUAAUUUGCCAUGUUAGUAUGAAAAUAAUUAAACACAGCACUACAGAAAUAAGACAAACCAAGGUAACUAAAUUAACUUAU